AUGGCGAAGACUACCCAGUGGGAGCCUGUGAGCCAGUCUCAGAGAGGCUGGCUGCACCAAACUAGGCCAUCUGAUGAAGAUGAUGACAACAUCUUUGGACGUCCUGACGAAGAGGAGCAGCAUCACCUGCAUCAGGCCGAUGAACAGGGUGGUGGAGGAACUGUGGGGGAGUGGCAGGAAGGAGGAGGUCAGCUGCUGUCCUUCACAGCCCUCCAUCUGGACAAGCUUCAGGCCACAGGGAAAGAAGCAGUCUACCAGACCUGCGUUAAGGUUUUGAACCUGCAAUCUUUGGCUGGGAUGAAGGAGUCGAGGUGGACCGAGUUUUUUGGUCCAGAUGGUCCCUGUACAAGCUGCCUGUUGAAAAGCGGACAGCAGACCUCCAGUGGAGGGUCGUACGUGGGCUGCAGGAUGGAUUACAACGAUAAAGAUCCGCUGCCGGCAGUGGAGAACCUCUCCCCAGGCCAACUGCAGUCCCACCUCAAGAUGGAGCCCAAGACUCUGGGGGCGAUCCAGAUUGUUAUCGGGGCACUGAUUCUCUGUCUAAGUGCCUCUGUGCUCCAGAUCCAUGAGGUUCACUUCACAGGAGACGUGGCCCUCUUCCUGAUUGUUGUCAUACAGGUGACCUUGUCUGGUUCAGUGUUGGUCCACAGUGGGAGGAGACCUACUCUGUUUUGGGUAAAAUGCGUCCUGGUGCUGCAUCUUAUCAGCGCAGCGUUUGCCACUGCUGCCCUGGGUCUGAUGUCCAAACACCUGCCCUACCGCCAGGACUCCUACCACUGUGAACACUGCCACAGGCUGGAGCGACACGCUGUGCUGUUGAUCGACGGGAUUCUGGGGACACUGGUGCUUUUUCUGGUGCUUGAGCUGCUGAUUUGCAUCACUGCCAUGCUGUUUGGACUCAGUGUCCUCGCUGCUGGUGGAACCCAGGCACCCAGCCAGAGACCUGCUUAUCCACAGACACGCCCACCACCUGUUCCAGCUGUGCAGGUUGCUCACGCCGCUCCAGCUGCAGUUGAGCCAGCUCAGGUGGCUGUAGUUGUGACAGAGCCUAACUCAGAGCAGGUGGAGGACAUCUCCACCCCACCCACUGAACCCCAGGUGGAGCCGAUUGAAGCUGUGGCCACAGAACCCUGA